ACCACCGUGAGGUGCCACGAGACACCGUGCACCACACCGAGGGAUUCAAUUAAAAACAACCGCUUGGCUUGGCCUCUAGCGCGGGCGGGUACGAACGCCUGUACUUGCACCGGUUGCGCGACGUCGUGCGGGAGCCGAGAAGCCAGGAAGCGAGGCGCGGCGCGGCGCACAGAGACGGCGGCGGGCGUGUCGUUGAGAGGAGGAGGAGCUGAGCUGAGCUAGCCGCCAUGCAGGGGGAGGAGAAGAGGGGGAAGGUGAAGAAGGGGUGGCUGGCGGUGCGCGUCGGCGCCGAGGGCGACGACCGCGGCUUCCAGCGGUUCGUCAUCCCCAUCGCCUACCUCUACCACCCGCUCUUCCGGCGGCUGCUGGAGGCCGCGCGCGACGCCUACGGCUACGACUACUCGGCGGGGCCGCUGCGCCUCCCGUGCUCCGUCGACGAGUUCCUCCGCCUGCGCGCGCUCGUCGAGCGGGAGACGCAGGCGGCGCCGGCCUCCUCCUCCUCCUCGCACCGCGUGCACGCCGGCGGCCACGGGCACUACUCCCUCUCCCCGUGCACCCGCGCCAAGGUCAGCUCCUGAGAUGGUUUGAUCGUCAGGAGGGCCUGCCUGGUCGACUCGACUCGAGCUCGGCUUCCAUUCAUCAUGUCGUGCCCGCGCGGCGCGACCGCGAGGAGUCCAUGGCUCCAUGCCCAUCGAUCGAGCCGGAGGUGUAGAGAGAGACAGAGGCAGUAGUUGUAGAGUCUUGGGUUGCUUCCUCUUUGAUUUCGAGUGUUGGCUUUUGGCCUUCUCUUUUUGCGUCUGAUUUUGCCGAUGCGCUUGUACUAUAUAGAUGCAUCGAUGUAUAAUUAGUAGCUGAAUUGACACUCUCAUACAGAUACAGCUCUUCACUA